UAGGAGAAGAAAAAAAAAGUGAGACUAAAAUAAAAACAACGACCCCCAGGUCGACAGAGGACCAUGUUUGUCCCCCUGCCGGUCCCCUUCGUCUUUCAGAGAACAGCGUCCGACUUCAGCGCCUGGAGACUCAAGUCCUCGCUGGCUCCGCGGUCCAGUCCCGAUAUCAGGAUGUCCAAAGCAGGGGAGGAAAAGCCUGGAGCUGACUAUCCAGGGGACAGUUCAGACUCUGACAGAAACAGCCCCGAUGAGCAGGCUCAGACAAUGAAAACAAGCCCCUUCAGCCUUUCUCCUACACCAGUUGGCAACAAGGGAAAGAUUGAAGAUGGCUCUGAGAUAACACACAGCACUGCACUUCCGGCACCGCCCUCUCAGCAACAGCAACAGGCUCAACACCACCACACACAGUUGAUGCUUGCAGGAAGUCAGCUAGCAGGGCUUGCUGCGCUUCUCCCGGCCCAGCAGCAGCUGCUCCUCCAACAGGCGCAGGCUCAGCUCUUGGCGGCAGCCGUUCAGCAGUCGAACGCCGCCCAUGCCGCUCACGCUGCCCACGCCGCCGCGCAGCAGCAAGCCAACCAGCAGCAGCAGCAACAAAACCAAUCGCAAUCCCAACAACAGCAGCAGCAGCAAACCAAACAGGAGCAAGCAGUCCAAGCUCCGCCUCCACCGCCACAGCUGGCCCUGUCACAGCCAAUCCAGCUCACAGCGCAGGACAUCCAGCAGCUGUUGCAGCUCCAGCAGCUGGUUUUAAUGCCGGGUCACCCUCUCCAGUCUCCUGCCCAGUUCCUCCUGUCACAGCCAGCACCUGCACAGCAGCCACAGCAGGGUUUGCUCUCGACACCAAAUCUGAUCCAGCUACCUCAACAAAGCCCAGGGGGACUGCUGACAUCACCACCUCGCCUGGGGCUCCAAGCACAGAGAGAGAAGAGCAGCGAUGCUGGAAGCAGCAGCAGUGGAGGCUCUUUAGUUGCCACUGGGAGCAGCGGUGUUGGUGUUGUGACAUCUGUAGGAGUUACCUCUGCGUCCAGCAGCGCCAUGGCUUCUUCCUUAGCCUCCGGCUUGAGUUCUGGAGGUCAUGGGGGUCAUGGCGGUCACAUGGGGGAAGAACCCAGUGAUCUAGAGGAGCUGGAGCAGUUUGCCCGCACCUUCAAGCAGCGCCGCAUAAAGCUGGGAUUCACCCAGGGCGAUGUUGGUGUGGCUAUGGGAAAACUGUACGGCAACGAUUUCAGCCAGACCACCAUCUCCCGCUUUGAAGCUCUCAACCUGAGCUUUAAGAACAUGUGCAAGCUGAAGCCUCUCCUCGAGAAGUGGCUGAGUGACGCAGAAACAAUGGCGGUAGACAGCAUGCUGCCCAGCCCUUCUUCUCUCUCCUCCCCCAUGUUGGGCAUCGAGGGUCUACCUGGCCGACGCAGGAAGAAACGCACCAGCAUCGAGACCAAUGUGCGAGUAGUCCUAGAGCGCAACUUCUGCACGAACCAGAAGCCUACCUCUGAGGAGAUCCUGCUGAUGGCGGAGCAGCUCAACAUGGAAAAGGAGGUGAUUCGUGUUUGGUUCUGCAACCGCCGGCAGAAAGAGAAACGCAUCAACCCCUCCAGCAGCACCACCCCUCCACUGCCCAGCCAGACCUCGCCUGUUGUGACGCACAAAGCCCCCUGCUACAGCCCGCACAUGAUAUCGAGUCAGGGUCUGUCCCAGGUCACCACCAGCCUCAGCACAACAGGCACCAGUUCGUCACCGUCAGCGUCCUGCCCCAUGACUCCGGUCAGCUCAGUUGCCAUUUCUUCUUCUGUGACUCCGCCUCCUCAUAGCACAGCCAGCCCAGCUCCUCCCAGCCUCGGGACCUCUGGGCUCAACGCUGGGAACACAAUGAUGGGAGUAAGCACAGGGAUGAACCAGGCCCUCAUUGGCAACAAUCCCCUGGCAACCAUGCAAGCUCUGGCAGCCAGCGGUGGGCAGCUACCCAUUUCCAGCCUUGAAGGUGGAGCAGGUCACAUGCUUCUCGGUGGACCUGGGGGUCCCUCUGUCCCCUCUUCCCUCCGCCCUUCUCUCUUCCUCAACCGACCCACUCUCCUCCCCAUGGUGACCGGCUCUAUGGCAACAACAUCCACAACCGUCAUGGGACUGGUCAGCAGCAGCAGCGGUGGCAGUGGUGGCGUGUGCGGCCCAAGGCCCUCCUUUUCCCAGUCUCCUUCCGCUGGCACCAGCAACCUCAUGAGCCCAACUUCGUGCCCAGAAGAGUCUGUGUCUCCUUGUUCAAGUCCCGCCUCUUUCUGUUCAUUCAGUGAAGCCUCGCCGCCACCGCUGGGAGGGACCAUGGCCGACUGA